UGAUUUUCCUCAAGACGAACGGACACACGGACUGGGAUGUGCUUUUCGGUCGAGAGUCCGAGACAUUGUAUUGUGGCAAGCAAACGCAGGCUAAAGCCGCUAAACACAAAACCUUCAGAUGAGAUGUGUACUCUAAUCUAACCGUUGAAUUUAUAAAAUUGAAUUUCACAAACGAAGCUAGAGAGGGAGGAUUGAAGAAGAGACCCCAAAGCCCCGGCAUCGUCUUUGAAAAAUUCCCACCAUUUCCUCACUGCACAUUCAUGUUGAUAUUUGGGACAUCAUCUGUAUACAUAUACAUACAGAUCAAUGAUCCUGCAGUUGUACGUAGGCUUGGUUACUGCUAUUCGAGGAUUCUUUUUCGUUUUCUCUUCGUUCGAAUUUGAGCUCUCGGGGAUAAUUUAACUUUUUAGAGUUUCGAAUUUCUAAUUUGGUUCUUUCUUUCUGGGGGAGUGAAAUCCGUAUUGAAAUAGGGAUGUAUAGAAGAAAAAUCAGUGUAAUUCCAGUUAAAUUUGUGUGAGGUUCUUGUCGAUUUCUUUCUUCUUCUUCUUCUUGAGAAGUUUUUGUUUGGAGAAUUAAAAUUCAUAGUCGUGUCACAGGAAUUCUUUUAUUUUUGUAUUGAUUUAUUUAAAUGGAACAAAGGGACGGAGGGGAUUUCCCUCCAAAUAAGCCGACGUCGCAAUUGGAAGCUUCUUCCACGGUGCCAGCGGAUUUUCCGGCGAGGAAGCUUGUAAGGCAGCUGGAUUUUACUGGUUCCGCCGCCUCUACAUUAAGUGUGGAACACCCACCGGUUGGGAAGCCACAGUUUGGAAAGCUGUCCCAGACACAAAAGCCAGCACAUAUUCAGCAGCCACAAAUGCUUUUUAUGGCGAUGCAACAGCCUCCGCAACCAGCUGUGGCAUCCCCUCAUCCAUCCGUACACUCUCUUGUGAAACCUGUAUCCCCAAGAACUUGGCCUAGACAAAGUGUGAAUGAAGUCAAAGAUGGUACACCAAAGAAGCAAAAGCAAUGCAACUGCAAGCAUUCACGUUGUCUGAAGCUGUACUGUGAAUGUUUUGCAUCUGGAAUCUACUGCGAUGGUUGCAACUGUGUGAACUGUCAUAAUAAUGUCGAAAAUGAAGCUGCCAGACGCGAAGCAGUUGAGGUUACUCUGGAGCGUAAUCCAAAUGCUUUUAGGCCAAAAAUUGCUAGCAGUCCACAUGGAGCUCGGGAUCACAGGGAAGAUGCUGGUGAAGUUUUAGUUUCAGCAAAGCAUAACAAAGGUUGUCACUGUAAGAAGUCAGGAUGCCUUAAGAAGUACUGUGAGUGCUUCCAAGCAAAUAUUCUUUGUUCUGAGAAUUGUAAAUGCAUGGACUGCAAAAAUUAUGAAGGAAGUGAAGAGAGACAGGCUCUCUUUCAUGGAGAUCAUGCCAAUAACAUUGUCCAUAUCCAGCAGGCAGCAAAUGCUGCCAUCACAGGUGCUAUUGGAUCUUCUGGUUUUGGGUCUCCUCCAUUGAAUAAGAAAAGAAAAGGUCAAGAGAUCUUCUUUAGGUCAGCAGCUAAGGAUCCUGCACAUCGGCUUGGACAGUUACAACAGGCUAACGAAGUCAACGUUUCUGUACCUUCUUCCUCGUCAUUCUCUUUAUCUCCUGGCGCUCGCCCUGGUAAUACAUCAGUCAUGAGCCAUUCAAAGUUUACCUACAGGUCUCUUUUAGCUGAUAUCAUUCAGCCCCAGGAUUUGAAGGAGUUGUGCUCAGUGCUUGUUGUAUAUUCAGGAGAAGCUGCUAUGAUGCUUGCAGCAAAUAAACGAGCAGAAGAUUCCAGAGAAGCCCCACUGGCAGACCCUUCAAAUCAAAGUCGGAGUGAAGCCAGGCCAAAAGAGUCUGAUUCAAAUGGAGCUGAUGCAUCAAAAGAAAGGCCAAUGUCUCCUAGUACAUUAGCUCUCAUGUGUGACGAAGAAGAUACGAUGUUUACUUCUGCUGCUUCCUCCAGUAGGUUAAUGGCCGAUGAUCAUGUAUCUUCCCAGUCGCGAGAAGAGCAAGAAACAAAAUAUUCUGCCAUGGCACGAGCACAAUCAGCUAACAAGCACCUUACAACCACCUGCAGCAUUUCAGAUGUGAAAUGUGAAACUAUGAAUCAACUGCCUAUAACCAAUGGUGGUUUCAUAAAACUUGUUGGUGCUCCACAAAUAAAUUCUUCAGUGGAUACCCCAGCAUGUGGUGUCGUUAAUAAUCUGCCGCAUCUGAGAAUAACGUCUUGCGCAAAUGGAGAUGUAAGAAAAGAAUCUGGAGAAGAGUUGUAGUUGUGUAUUCUACUGGGUAUCUGUAUAUCUUGUGAUACUAGGUGAUUGUUGCUACACAUAGAUGUCAUUCUUAGAACAGAUAUGAUCUCAUGUGUAUCUUUUAGACAUUUUGACAUUCAUCAACUAUAUCGAACUAAGAUACGAAAUCUAACUGAGAAAGCAUUUCACAAUUAAAAUAUAGACAAGAAAUACAGUUGAUGCCCACCAGGCAAACAACAGAGGAUACAUGUUCAGUUGUGCUCCGACUUCGUAUGUUGUGUGUGGGCUUUUCUGCUGCCCUCACAAUCACUAUUGUGAGUAUUAUGUAGAAGGGUAAGUAAGCUGUGGAAGAUGAGGUGAUGUUGCUGCUUGUGAUGGUUCUACCUUUGCUUAAGAAGAUAUUAUUUUCUUGAUCAUUUAUUGUUCAAGAAACAUAUUGACCUUUAAUUCUAAUAGUUUUUUUUUUUAUAUAUAGUGUCCAAUUUUCUUUGGCCUUAUUUGGGAACAUUCAUGGGAUAAAACCAUAUUCCCAUGUUAUCCGUGAUUGUUGAUCGAUAUAUCCCGUAUUAGCAUUUUGUUGGUUUGUAUACUGAAAGUUCGAUUUUUUUACAAACUUAUUUUCAAUUUUUGAAUGAAAA